CCAGCGAGCACAUCUGCAGCAAUGGAGCAAGAACGGGACACGUACUACCUGGAACAGGUCGCCAUACCUGAAGGAUCAGAUGACGGUUACCAGUACGAGGAGAUUCCUAUAGAUGAUGAUUUUAGCCUUCCGGAGCUGGAUGAAGACUUUCUGAGGGUGGAGCAGGCAGCUCAAGAACAGUCCGAAGACACCCGCUCUCAAACAUCUCCACUCAUUGCACCAAGACCCAUCUCCCAGAGACCUGAAGUGGUGGACGAUUUCCUUCGCAAUUUCCUGAUUAAAAUGGGGAUGAUGAAAACGCUGGAAUGCUUUCAGACAGAAUGGUAUGAAAUGAUGCAGAAAGGCCUCCUGCAGCCAGAAGCUGCUGGCCUGGUCCCAGAUGUUUAUGCUCAGAACCAGCUGUUGGAUGCGGAAAUCAGGAGUUCAAAGAAAGAAGUGGAGACAUUCAAAACAGCAGCAAGGAAAGCAAAAGAAUCCAUUUUAAAACUGCAGAAAGAACGUGACUUCCAUAGGAUGCAUCACAAGCGAGUCGCUCAGGAAAAGAACAAAAUCAUUAACGAUAUGAAAAAGUUAAAGGAGCAUUAUGCAUCAUAUGAGUCAAAGCUGAGGCAGCUUCACGAGAAAUACCAAACGGUCCUGAGACAGAAGAUGCUGACCAGCCUGGAGAGAGAUCGAGCCGUCGGAGAGGUGACUGGCCUGUACGCUACCUUAAAAAAUGUGGAUUCCGGACACAAAGUGGAGAAUGCUGCAAAGAAAGAAGAUGCUAAAAAUAAAAAGGGAUGCGGCCCAACCCAAAAGGCCAUUCAGGAGGCUCGAGAGAAGGAGCUUCUACAAGAAGGAGUAGCUCCUUAUAACCCAGACAAGGAUCCAAACAAACAGGUCGGAAAGAGACACCCAAAGGAUUCUGAGUUUCCCACGGACAGCAGAGUGAACCCUCGCCUGGCACAGUUAAAAGGAAAGGGCAACCAGCUCCUGAAAACCGGAUACUCUCAGAGCAGCAUAAUUAAAGCCCACGAGCUGGCCGUCAGCUGUGUGGCCUUGCAUCCACGCAAAGAUGUUCUUGUAACCACCAGCGAUGAUCGUCUGUGGAAGAUGUGGUCUAUUGCUAAUGGAAACGUUAUCAUGACUGGCGAAGGACAUACAGACUGGCUCUCUGGUUGCUCCUUCCACCCAACAGGCAACAAGCUAGCAACCACAUCUGGUGACACAACAGUUCGAAUUUGGGAUUUUGCAAAGUCCGAAUGCGUCCUGACGUUGGAAGGGCACACACAUGCAGUUUGGGGCUGUUCAUGGCACACGUGCGGGGAUUUCCUGGCCUCCUGUUCCUUGGAUAACAACAGCAAAAUAUGGGAUAUCAACAGUGAGAGAUGCAGAUAUACCAUGCGUGGCCAUGUGGAUUCUGUGAACAGCAUUGAAUUCCUGCCAUAUUCCAACAUCAUCCUGACCAGUUCUGCAGACAAGACCCUCUCUCUCUGGGACGCUAGAAUGGGAAUGUGUGCCCAGACCUUCUAUGGACAUCUUUACUCCUGCAAUCACGCCACCUUCAACAUUAGGGGUGACACCAUUGCGUCUUGUGACUCAUAUGGAGUGCUGAAGCUUUGGGAUGUUCGGAAAGUGGCAGCAAUGUUAACGAUCGAUUUAGGCCCAUACCCAGGAAACCAAGUGGCCUUUAACCCCUAUGGUCAGUUGGUAUCCAUGGCCAGCAAUGAUGGGACAGUCAAAAUACUGGCUCUAACGUCUGGGCAACUGGCCAGCAUAGAAGGCCACGAAGAAGCUGCUCAAUGUGUCCUCUUUAACCACAAAGGCGACUACCUAAUCUCUGGUGGAUCUGAUGGAACUGUGCGGCUUUGGACCUAGAAGACCAUCACUGUUUAACUAUUGCCUUUAAAAUUGGAAUAGAGAACUAUGGUGAUGGAUAUAAAAUCAGAACACGGAAUGAAGCAUUUCAAGCAUUUAAUAAAACAUUUUGUUAAUGGUUGUUAA